AUGGAGUUUAUUCGCAGUCAGAGAGGAAAAAUUCUCGUUCUUUUUUCAGGACAUAAAUUUUAUAAGGACUGUGGAAAAGCAGAGUACCAAAAAUGGCGUUGUACAAGUAAAAAAUGCAAAGCAACACUUUAUCUUGAUAAGACAAAUAACGUGUUAUCAAAAUCUUAUCUGUGUCACAAUCAUGAGCGUUGCAAGACUAUUUCUAGACAAGUUGUUUCAAACGGUGUUAAACAGAAAGCAGCGGAAGAUACAUCUGAAAAACCUCAGAAAUUAAUCAGGAAAGAACUGACUAGUGUUGCAGCUCAUCAUUCAGAUAUUGUUAGCAGCCAUGAUGUUCACUGUAUUCGGAGAAAUAUGUACCGACAGAGAAGGAAAGUCCUACCUCCACUUCCAAAAUGUAUUUCUGAUGUGCAUUCUGCAUUAAAUGUAAUGCAAGUGAUAUCUUAUCGACAUGAAAAUCUUCUUCAGAUUAAUGACGAUAGAAAUAAUAUAGUUUGUUUUUCAACAGAUUCAAAUUUAAGGAUCUUAUGUGACAAAAAAAGUUUUUUUUUGUUGAUGGCACUUUCACAUUUUGCCCAAAAUUUUUCUUUCAGAUGUUUACGUUUCAUACAGUGGAAAAUGGACAUUAUAUCCCACUUUGUUUUUUUUUUGCUACCAGGAAAGUCUACGGCAAUAUACGAAACUAUGUUUCAAAAACUGAAAGAACUCUGUUCUAACUUGCAUUUGAAUUUUCAGCCAGAAAUUGUGGUGGCAGAUUUUGAAUAUGCAAUCCAUGAAGCUGUGAGAAAAAUGUGGCCUGAAUGUUCUAUUACAGGAUGUAGAUUCCACUUGACUCAAGCUUGGUGGCGAAAACUUCAACAGUGCGGAUUGCAGCAACAAUAUAGGAAUGGUAAUUCAGAAAUUGGCAGAUGGCUUCGACUGGUAUUUGGAUUACCCUUUUUGGAUGCUACUGAAGUUUCGGAUAGCUUCGUUGAAGAUCUGAUGUCAGAGCAACCACGGGAUGCAAACAUCACACGCUUUACUGAUUACAUAACCGAGAACUACCUAGAUGAGGAUGCAAAAUUUCCCCCGAUACUUUGGGCUUGCGCUGAUAUUUCAUCGGAAAGAACAACUAAUGCAUGUGAAGCAUUUCAUUCAAAAUUCAGAGCGAAUUUUUAUCAUUCCCAUCCUAAUAUAUUUGUCUUCACAGAUGUAAUUCGUCAAAUUCAGAUAGAUAUAUACGCUGCAAUAAAUGGUGUGAAGCAGCAUAAAAAAAUAACAAACAGGAAUUACGCAAACAGGAAGGAAAGAAUCGAGGAUUUACUUAACAAGCGCAGGUAUGGAAUGAUUUCACGAUUAGAAUUCCUAAGACGUGUUUCAUGUUACCCAAAAAUUGUAAGUUAA